GUGACGAGCGGUGAGAGAAAGAGAGAGAGACAUUCAGUUUGGUAGUGUAUAUCUCUAUUGAGUGUUGAAGUAGGUCAGAAUAUAUAGAGGAUUCGUUUAAUUAAAUAUAAACUAUUAUAUGUGCCACUAAAGACAGAUGUUAUUCACUAGCUGGGGGGAAGCCGGAGUAUUAUUUGUUACGUCAGAGUGGGGGGUUUCCUCGAGUUUCUAAAGAAGUUUUAUUUAUUUUUUUGUUUUUGUUAGCGCGUGUGUUUGUGCCUUGCACAAGGGGUUUCCAGUGUGUGUAUCGACCCGGUGUGAUGAUCCCAGAAUGUCCUCAGAGCACCGAUACCCGGGGCCGCUCCCGGUAUCACAGCCAGAAUGGAGAACAGAACCAGCCGAGUCGCUCUGGUUUGCUGUCUGAGAUCCAAACUCCCAUCCGGACCGAGCCGUUUAGCAACAGCUACAGCCUCAUCCCAGGGAAAGAACUGGGCAGGGGUAAAUUUGCUGUGGUGAAGAAGUAUGUGAAGAAGAGCACAGGGAAGGCCUAUGCUGCUAAAUGCAUGAGAAAGAGGAGAAAGGGACAAGACUGUCGCUUGGAGAUUAUCCACGAGAUUGCCGUCCUAGAGCUGGCCAAAUCUAACUGCUGGGUCAUUGACCUACAUGAAGUCUACGAGACGUCCUCAGAAAUGAUCUUGGUGCUGGAAUAUGCUGCUGGUGGUGAAAUAUUUAACCAGUGUGUCGCUGACCGAGACGAGGCGUUCAAGGAGAAAGAUGUUAAACGACUAAUGAAGCAAAUCUUGGAAGGUGUAGCAUUCCUACACAAAAAUAAUGUGGUCCACCUUGAUUUGAAGCCUCAGAACAUUCUGCUGACCAGCGAGUCACCUUUGGGAGAUAUCAAAAUAGUUGACUUUGGGCUUUCUAGAAUAAUGAGCAGCAAUGAGGAGCUGAGAGAAAUCAUGGGAACACCUGAGUAUGUGGCUCCAGAAAUUCUGAAUUACGAGCCAAUCAGCACAGCAACAGACAUGUGGAGUAUAGGUGUGCUGGCCUAUGUGAUGCUUACAGGGACAUCCCCUUUCCUGGGAGAAGACAAACAGGAAACCUUUUUGAAUAUUUCCCAGAUAAAUGUCAGCUACUCUGAAGAGGAGUUUGAAGGAAUCUCCAGAUCAGCAAUUGACUUCAUGAAGGCACUUCUAAUUAAAGAACCAGUAGACAGAGCCACAGCUGAGGACUGCCUGCAGCAUCAAUGGUUACAGCAAGAACAAACAGAGGAUUCAGAAGCAGUAAGUCCCUGUGAAAGCAUCCCUGAGGAAGCAAGUCCAGUCUCACCCCCUGAGGAGCCAGAGGCACAGACUUCAGUGACAGAGGAGUUAAUUGUCAUGGCGGCAUACACACUUGGACAGUGCAGGCAGUCAGAAAAGGAAAACACUACCUCUGAUAAAAAGGCCAUCUCUAAACGCUUCAAAUUUGAAGAACCUUUCAGCUCGCUGCAGGAGAUUCCGGGAGAGUUCAUAUACUAAGCUAUAUUUAAAACCAAGGACACUACUUUUUUUUUUUUUAAAUUCAAGUUUGAUUAGAGACUUUUAAACCAAACUUCUGUAUGUUUGUGCAGGUUCGUUUGAAGUGGUUGACAGAAACAAAAUUUGUUUUUGUGCCAUGCUUUAAAUUUAA